AUGAAUGAAGCUGUGCCGCACGUAUCUGACUGGGCACCCGACUGCACCGACGAGGGUACUCUCCAACGAAGACUAGCAAACUCGAGCUCUUCAAUCCACACUCAAUCUCAACUACUUGUCACCCCGACCCUUCGUCACAACGACCUUGGCAAGGAGGUCACGAUUAUGCUCGCCUGGAGUCCCAAUCUGGGCGGUCUCUAUGAGGACUUCUUUCUGAUAGUUUGGAGGGUCAGCAAAUUCGGGAAGUCGGGUCCAUACUGGGCUACUGAAACUCACACAACCCAGGCCCAGGUCGAGAGUGGGAAGGUCAUCAGCGCCGCGACCUCCGUCAAUAUCAAUAACAGCGAGAAAACAACCUUGACAAAAGCCAACAACGUCUAUCAUUUCUCUCCUCUCCCUCGCCAGUGCCAUAUAGUCAGGCUGCCAGAGGUGUAG